AUGGCCUCAUUGGUAUCGAGGGCCAAUGGGAACCCGCUUCCCCAGACGGCGACAGCCAAAACGGAAUUCACCAAACCACCAACGCCUGAUGAUCCUUACUCCUAUACCACCGGCUUUGGCAAUCGUUUUAUUAGCCAAGCACUUCCUGGUGUUAUCUCCUGGUCACAGAAUACACCUCAAAAGGUCAAGUAUGACCUCUACUCAGAACAGCUCAAUGGAUCUGCCGUCAAUGCCAAGCGCAACGAUAUCCGUCACGUCUGGAUGUACCGAAUCCGGCCUUCGGUAGCACAUGGGCCCGUCCGUCUUGAUCCUAGUAUCAACAAACAUAUUGAGUCUUCCUUUCUCUCCUCAAAUCCCAAUGUUGAAUCAUGUGCCGCUCAACAAGCUUGGGAUCCUUUUCCCAUUCCAGGGGCCAAGACUGCUUGUGGUGACGCCCAACCAAUCAAUUUUGUCCAGGGCAUUCGCACCAUUGGAGGUAAAGGAGACGCCGGCCUCCAAGAAGGUCUCGCCGUCCACACAUACUCGGCAAACUCCAACAUGGGCAGGGAAGCAUUUUGUAAUAAUGACGGCGAAAUGCUCAUUCUUCCCCAGCAGGGCCGUCUAGAUAUUACGACUGAGCUUGGUCCUCUGAUGGUCCGCCCAGGUGAGGUUUUUGUCAUGCCCAGCGGCAUGCGUUUUAGUGUCCGGUUACCUGAUGGACCUUCACGCGGCUAUAUUCAUGAGGUGUUCGCAGCUCACCAUGAUAUCCCUGAACGUGGCGUCAUUGGGCCCAACGGCAUGUCCAUGGAACGAAACUUUUGCGCUCCUCUUGCUCGCUACGAUAUUGACGAAAAUGUCUGGUCCAUCAUCCACAAGCUUGACGGCGCUCUGCACAAAUGCCAGCAAAGGCACACCCCCUUCGACGUCGUGGCAUGGCACGGAAACCACGCUCCCAUCAAAUAUGACCUGAACGAGUUUGUGAGCUUGACAAACUCAAUAAAGGACCAGGCUGAUCCGACACUUUACACUGUCCUCUCUGUCCCAUCGAACAAGAAGGAUACGCCUUUGAGCGAAUUUAUGAUCUUUACUGAGAAAUGGAUCACCGCCGAAGGCACAUUCCGCCCUCCUUACUACCACCGCAACAUGAGCACUGAGGUUAUGGGACUCAUCUUUGGCGAGUAUGGCGGUAGCAGUCAUGCUCUCGCUCCCGGAGGUCUCAGCUACGAGGCGGCUUACAUGCCGCACGGCGAGACUUAUGAAACCUGGCAAGCUGCCAGCCAACGAGAGCUGGAGCCGGUCAAGAUUUGUAGAGAUACAAUGGCUUUCAUGUUUCACAUCGGAGGUUCCCUGAAGUUGACAAAAUGGGCUAUGCACGGCCAAGGUGCCAAAUCUCUGCAUCCUAGCGAUCCUUCACAGUGGGAUAGCGUACGGCCUGGUUUCUUCGACCAUACUGAACAAAUUGCUGCCGAUAUAGCAACGGAGAAUGAAAGGUAG